UGGAGCUUUUCUGACAAAUCAUAAAAGCAUUCGCGCGUCUUUUCUUGGGGCCUUAUCAUUGGCAAUUUCGCCCACAAAUAAACGGUGCUCACGUCCAAUUUAUUAAGCCUAUAUGUCACACCUUUGGCGCGAUAAUUGGUCAUUCAUUAAAAAAUAAUAAUUCCAGAGAUUUUCUCAAAUCAAACUCUCCGCUUUUGAUAAGGCGUAAGUUGGUCCGUUGUAUAAAAAGAACAAUGCACCCUCGGCUCACGAUCAUAAAGUGAAGAAAAAGUGCCCAAAAUGGUGAACCGAAAAAGUGUUUCAUCGGUGCUCAUUGUUCUAUUUUCUGUGAUAGUGGCCCUAGUUGCAGGACAAUGCCAUCUGCAGGAUGUACAAAUGAUGGCCCAACACGAUGGGCAGCCAGCCUGUCUCAUUCGGUUUGAAUUUACACGACGCUGGAGGAAUAAUUACGAUGCAGGCUACUACUGGGAAUGCCGUGUUUGGGGCCAUCCUGCUGAGAAAUUCCCAUGUCCACCUGGAACACUUUUCCAGGAUUCCUGGCAAACGUGCCUGCCUCAAUCCAUGUGGGAAUGGACACCGUACAGUGAACCACCAACGAGAGCUGGUGAAGACAAUGAAGAUCAGUGCGAACCAAUUGAUACAGGCGUCUGUCCGCCUCCUACAACACAACCACCAGUUGAAACCACAACACCAGACUAUCCUACAGACACAACACCUAUAGAUCCAACUGGAACAACUCCUGAUUUUACAACUGAAACAAGCACUGAUCCAACGGGAACAACUCCAGAUACAACAACACAUACACCAACACCUCCUCAUGUAACAACCACUCCUGCUACACCUAGUACGACAACUCCUGAAGAAACAACAACAAGAACUCCAAGGCCGCAAACAACAACUACUCCUGAGCCAACAACGACUCCUCAGCCAACGACUCCUCAGCCAACGACAACUACUCCUGAACCCACACCGUCUCAAACAACGGAAAGACCAACAACACCUGAUACAACGACAACUCCUGAACCCACACCGUCUCAAACAACGGAAAGACCAACAACACCUGAUACAACGACAACUCCUGAACCCACACCGUCUCAAACAACGGAAAGACCAACAACACCUGAUACAACGACAACUCCUGAACCCACACCGUCUCAAACAACGGAAAGACCAACAACACCUGAUACAACGACAACUCCUGAAACCACACCGUCUCAAACAACGGAAAGACCAACAACACCUACAACAACUACAACUCAUAGACCUACAACAACGAGAACUCCCAAACCUACAACAACUCCGGAAACUACUACACCGGAAACAACAACACCUGAAACAACGACACCCAAACCUACUACAACAAAACACCCUAAGCCUACAACGACUACUCCUGAAACUACACCCUCUCAAACAACGGAAAGACCAACAACACCUGAUACAACGACAACUCCUGAACCCACACCGUCUCAAACAACGGAAAGACCUACAACACCUGAUACAACGACACCUAAACCUACAACGACAACUCCUGAAACCACACCGUCUCAAACAACGGAAAGACCAACAACACCUACAACAACUACAACUCAUAGACCUACAACAACGAGAACUCCCAAACCUACAACAACUACAACUCCUGAAACUACAACCCCUGAAACAACUGAAAGACCAACUAGAACUAGACCUACAAGAACAACUCCAGAAACAACUACAACCACGACUGAGAAAACAACAACUAAAAAACCAACAACUACUCAGCCAACAACAACAACUACAGAAGAACCCACAACAACAACUGAGCCACCAACUGAAACAACCACAACUCCUGAGGAAACCACAACAAUAUCCACACCUCCAAGUACACAGACACCACCAGAAAAUCCAGAUUGUCCAACAUGCCCCCCAACUUGCCCAACCUGCCCACCUGGUACAACGGAGCCAACGCAACCAACACCCCCUGCAAGUUUGGGAGAAUGUCCCGGAGCAAUGCCUGAGCAAUACGCACCUGGGCCGAUUGAUUGCGACCGACGUCCUGAAUGCCGUCCACCGCAUCAUCGCAACGACAUGGAACCCAGACGUGAUCCUACGACCUACUUCUACUGCGGUCCCGGCAAUGGUAACGUACGUAUUGGGGAAUGCCGUCGCGGUGAAUGCUUCGACUACGGAAAGCAGGCGUGUACGCCUGCAAGAAGCUGGAGAAACUACUGCAGGCACUAAUCACAUGGAGCAAU